AUGGCUCUUCUCUUCAGCCUUGCAGCAGUGGCUGCUACGCUCUCCUCCUCGGUCUCAGCAGCAGCCACGAGUGGGGAUCUCAACAUCCUGUCAUUCAACGUCGCUGGACUUCCUGCCAUCCUGAACGACAAUGCCGUUCCUGGCGAUAAGGCAACGAACGCUGAACACUUCAACUAUCAUGCAUAUAUUUACGCCACGGAUGACCAUUCAUACCGCACCGCAACUUCCGGUGGCGCGGCCAUCGGCUCCGGGCUCAACACGUUGUCGAACUUUGACUGGAUCGACUUUGCUCGCGAGAAAUGGGGCACGUGCUCCGAUGCGUCAGGAGCUGACUGCUUGACACCGAAAGGCUUCACAUUCAUGCGCCUCAUUGUUGAAGAAGAUGCCGGAACCGAAGCUGGAGACGAGGUAGCACGUGCUGCGAAUCUCCAGCAGGUAGCAGACUACAUCGAUACCUGGUCCAUCGGAAACUCGGUAGUAGUCUACGGAGACACCAACUCGCGCUACACCCGCUCCGCAGACGGUAUCACCGUCUUCGAAACCCAAAAUGGCCUAACUGAUGGUUUCGUCCAGCUCGAGAAGGGAGGCGUGAACCCCACCGUCGAGACGAUUUGCGACAACCCUUCCUUAAUCAACACUUGUGAGACCGUUGACAAAGUCCUCUACCGUGGCUCUAAGCAACUUUCCCUCGAGGCUACAUACUUCAACUACGAGUCCUCGAAAUUCUUGCAAUCCGAUGGCAGCAUCCUGAGUGACCACAACCCCAUUACCGUCAACUUCACCUGGGCCGUCAGCAGCACACGCCGCCAAUCAGGCUUCUGGGGCGGACCCCACGGAAACUGGUUCAAUGACCUCGAGUCUCUUCCCGCCACCCCAAAAGCCUCUGUCUUAUCCUUCCGUGGCGGCUCCCGUUUGGACUCAGUCGGAUUGACUCUCACUUCCGGAACGACGCUCACCCACGGUGGCACGGGUGGUACAGCUGCGAGUCUCACGCUUGGAAGUUCUGAGUAUUGGGUUACCGCAAAACUCUGCCAGGGCCAGAAGAGCGGCCAGACGAGGAAUUUUUAUAUUCUAGCUACGACGAGCCUGGGGAGGACGCUGGCGGCUGGCACAAGCACGAGUGAUUGUGCUACAUUUUCGGCGCCGAGUGGGUGGCAAAUUGUUGGGUUCAUGGGGCAGGAUGGGGAUGAAAUGGAUCAGUUGGCUUUUAUCUAUGCGCCGAAGUAGAUUCCAUUGUCUGAGGUAUUUUCUUGCCUUAGGUAGUAGACGGAGCGCUAGGAGGAAUGUUCAUAAUUCCGAUUAAUUUUAAUGCUUAAAUAGGGGUUCGCUUAACAUUUCUCGCCUCCCUUUUCAU